GAGAGGGUUAAGACGAAAAAAACUUGAAAUACCUCAAGAAAAGAACUACUGAAACAAAGAAACACAGAAAGAGUGAAAAAAAAAGGGUUUACAAGUAGUGAAGUGAUUAAUGGCUACAGAGGAAGAGAGCGCCGUGAAGGAGCCUUUGGAUCUCAUUAGGUUGAGCCUCGACGAACGUAUCUACGUCAAACUCCGUUCUGACAGAGAGCUUCGUGGCAAACUUCACGCUUAUGAUCAGCAUCUUAAUAUGAUUCUUGGUGAUGUUGAAGAAAUCGUUACUACUGUGGAAAUUGAUGAUGAGACAUAUGAAGAAAUUGUGAGGACUACCAAGCGGACAGUUCCUUUCCUGUUUGUCAGGGGAGAUGGGGUGAUAUUGGUUUCCCCACCACUGAGGACUGCCUAACAUGGACCAAUGAACUAUGUGAUCUUUUUAAUAACAUGUGUCACUGUUUAUGAAAUUGUAUAACAUAAGUAGUGAUCUAAUUUCUUAUGGUUAGAUUAGUUACUUAAUUGGCCUUUGUGUGUUGACAGUCAGUUUUCAUUUAUGUUUAUAGCAUGAGAGAAUCAUGGCAAUGGCAUGCACAUAAACAAGGAUUUUGGCUGUAGUUUGGAGCUGACGUUAUAUAUCAGUGGCUCCAUAAAGUAGACCAUCAUUUCCUGAUUUGAUGUCUCUCCUUCAUGUUUUUAUUUACUUUUAGUUCCAAUAGAAGAUAUGUGAACUGGAAUGAUAUUUGAUGUUGGGUGUAUUUUCAUUUGACAUAUGAAGCUUGCAUUAGAUACAGUUUUUAAA